UAUUUUCAAGACGGCCUAAAGACCAUCGAACACUUUGGCUCGUACGUGGCGGACCUCAGCGUGAAAUUACAAAAGAUCAGGCAGACACAAGACGAAGAAAGAAGGCGGCUAACAGAACUGAGAAAUCUGCUUAGGAGUUCAGGUUGCGACAAAGAGUUAAACGUAAACACGAAUGUGGGAUAUUCGCUUCACCAGCUUCAAGGUGAUAAACAGCAUGGCGUCACCAGAUCCGGGCAUCUUUUGAAAAAAAGCGAGGGAAAAAUGAGGAGAGUUUGGCAAAAGAGACGCUGCGCGGUUCAAGCGGAAGGUUAUCUAGAUAUUUGUCACGCAGACGAAAAUAAACCACCGACGAGAGUGAAUUUAUUAACCUGUCAAAUCAAACUGGUGCCGGAUGACAAACGGGGUUUCGAUCUUAUUACGCUAACGUUCUUGAUUGCAGACAACAGAACGUAUCAUUUUCAAGCGGAAGACGAAGCAGAUCAGCGAGCGUGGAUGUCCGUUCUAGUAAACUGCAAGGAACGUGCUUUACUUCGAGCAUUUGACGCCAGUGGUAAGGCAGAGGCUGGCACAGGAAAUCCAAGUUUAGUUGAACUUCAACAAGCUGUAAUACGAUGUGUCAUGAGGCUACCUGGAAAUGAUCAAUGCUGCGAUUGCUCCUCACAAAAUGAUGCUACAUGGCUUUCUACAAAUUUCGGCAUAAUCGUGUGCAUAGAGUGUAGUGGAAUUCACCGAGAUCUAGGAGUACAUAUAUCCAGAAUACAAUCAUUAACGUUGGACAAUGUUGGCACUGCUCAGUUACUUCUUGCACGACAUAUGACCAAUCAGGCAUUUAACGAAGUGAUGGAAGCUACACUGCAUCAUAAUCACAAGCCAACGCCAACUUCGACAAUGGAAGAAAGAUACGAAUUUAUAAGAGCCAAGUACGUUGAUAAGAGAUACGUGAUGAAUACUUGCGCGGAUGAACGAGAUCUUCUUUCUGACUUGGAGCAUGCUGUUAAUAAUCGUGACCUGCAACAACUUUUGCAAGUCUAUGCGGAGAACGUAGAUUUAGCAGCGCCAUUGCCAACAUCGGAUGUGGGCGAAACGGCUUUGCAUUUGGCAAUUCUACGCGAAAUGGGAAACAGUUUGCACAUCAUAGAUUUCCUAAUACAAAACAUGUCGACGGGUGGUAUAGAUAGGAUCACCAUUGACGGAGAAACAGCGUUGCAUCUUUGUGCACGGCACGACAGAGCAGAGGCAAUGAAGCUGCUGCUACGAGCAGGCGCCGACCCAACGCAUCGAAAUAAGCAGGAUAAGACACCGCUUGACAUUGCCCAAGAAAUGGGACACCAUACGUGUAAAGAGCUGUUGAGUCAUGCUCUGCAAAGACAAAAGACGUUGUUCGAUAAUGUUAAUAUCGACUGGAAUCUCUCGCAUGACGAAGGAUCUACCGAUUUCUCUGACGAUGAAACGAUAAUAGAAGACAGGAAUGGCUGUUUAACACCCGAGAAGAAGUCACGCAGCAGGCCACCUUCUUACGUAGGUGGUGGUGGUAGCGGUGGUGGUACCGGAUCAGGAGACUCGCCAGUGACUUUACGUAGUCGAAGUAGCACUUGUGACAGCCUGCAAAGCGGUUCUUCACCAAGUUCCUCGACAAACAGACAGCAAAUGCCUCCACCACCGCCGCCUCAAUCGAGGAAACCCGUUGCUGUACCUGCUCCCAUGGCUCCAGAUAUUUCGGUCAAUAUUCACGGGUCAUUGAAGAAGCGCGUAGCACCGCCACCACCACCGGCCGGAAGUACAGGUGGUAUACCUUCCUCUCAUUACGGUACACUACCUUCGUCCGCGUCCUUAGCAGCGUCAACACAUAGCCGUACAACGAGUGAACCGAUCUUAGCUGGGCAUUCUUUACAUACUCUACCACAUGCGUUAAAUACAUUAAACAGUCAACAUCAUAAAAGAUCGCCCAGUGGAGAUUCUUCAACGGGACACGGUGCGUUUGAAAGUUCACGCAAACCUCUCUACGAACUGCCGUCUAGUUCGGGUGCGGACAAAGUGAACAGCUCAACGCUGCAGAGACCGAGGAACCCCCCGCCGCCAGCUCCAUCCGGGAUCAACUCCUCGAGAUUGAGCAACGGACGUAGCAGCGAAUCGUUGAGUUCUAUGUGUUCGGAUCACGGUUUGGGUAAUCCCGUUCCACCUCCACGCAAGACACUGCAUGCACAUCAAAGACCAGUGCUUUAUGGUUUGUUAUUAACCAUUGUUGGUACAGCGAAGGGACCGGGCCAGGCUAGAGAGCUACGCAGAGGAGCCUUCAUCUUUGCUCCCAAAUCUGAAUCUGCCAACAUCGUCGACCCUGAGCGGUCUACGGCGCUGUCGAGCCUUGUACGAUUGCGAAGCAGACAACGAGGACGAAUUGUCGUUCCGGGAGGGCGAAGUGAUAAUCGUGACAAACGAGCAAACCGACGACGACAACUGGAUGGAAGGCGCUCUCGAACGAGCGCCCGAGAGGAGGGGCAUGUUCCCAAUCAGUUUCGUGCACAUGCUGCAAGAU